UAUUCGCAACCCUGGCGACGAGUUCCUAUCGAGACUUCUACUACGAAGUGCCAGGCGAAUCCGGGGAAGACGACCAUCACAUUCCGACUUCAAACACCGAACACACACAUGGCUUUCAGCACCAACAUGGCUUCACGCCUGCGUGGGCCCCCGUCCUGCAGCCACAGCCCACUCAAACGCUUCAGACGGGAAGCGGUCCCCAUCCCCCAUACACAGACAUCGGCACACAUCAGAGUAUACUUCAACCACACCCCGCGCCGUUCCGCAAUCCCUCCAUGUCAGGACAGUCUCCAUCCACUCCCUACAACGUCGGCGGCUUUGGCCACGCUCCCCAAGAGUCAGUCUCGCGCAAGCGCAGCCGCCCAGACGAACAUCUCCAACCCGAUCUCCCAGCGCUAGAUCAGCCUUCAGACCUGUACGGUCACGGGCCCGGAACCAUACCCGUUCACCAUCCCCCGCAGGGUUAUCCCCUUCAACCCUACCCUCCCGCUCCCCCGCAAGCAGCUCCCACGUCUUCCUUCCACCGACACCGUCUCCCCGGGCCACCUCCUUCUAAGAGACACAACACCAUGGAAGGCGCUCCUUCUUCCCCUCCGCAGACACAUGGCCCACCGAGUGUCGUUGGACAAGAGGGGAUGCCACCACCCGCCCCUCGCCCGCGCGGUCCCAAACUCAAGUUCACCCCCGAGGACGACCAGCUACUUGUCGACCUCAAAGAAAAGAAGAAUCUCACCUGGAAGCAAAUCGCCGAAUUCUUUCCCGGUCGCAGCUCGGGCACGCUACAAGUCCGCUAUUGCACGAAGCUGAAAGCAAAAACCACGCAUUGGACAGAUGAAAUGGUCCAAAAGCUUCGCAACGCCAUGCAGGAGUACGAGAAUGACCGCUGGCGCAUCAUCGCCUCAAAAGUCGGCCAAGGCUUCACCCCAGCCGCUUGCAGAGAAAAAGCCGCAGAACUCGAAGCGCUCGAAGCAGGUGGACAAGAAGAGGAAGAGAGCGGUUACACACAAACAGGUUCUAGCGAACAACAGGCGGCCUCUUUCCAGUGACUAGCCGAACAAUUUGAGGAGCUGCAUGCGUGGUAAUAAUGCUCAUUAGGCGAGCGAGGGAAGCGGGUGGUUUGUGGGUUUCUUCUCUCUCAAGGGGGGGCUUGUGCUGGUCACGCUCCGUAUUUCCC